AUGGGCAGAGUGCAGGAGUUGAAAGCUGGUUGCCUAAGAGCAUCAGCUGUUGCCGGGCAGAAGGUGAAGGUGUACUUCGGGUCAGAGAGCGGGAGCGCUGGCUGGGGGUCAGUCGGCUUUGCCUGUGCCGAGCGCGUGGACCUGAGGGCGGAUCCCGGGUUAGCUGAUGAUCAUGCCACAUCCGCACCCCAAAUCAUCAGAACCCUUCGAGCUCAUCUGCUGAUGUCAAAGAAACGAUGCCAGUUUCCCGAAUUGUAUAAAUUAUGUGGAAUAAAAUCGUGUGAUCACAUAUUCAUGCAGUCAGCACCAAAAUGCUUGGUAUACCGGAAGAAGUCUUUCCUGUUUUCCGCUCUGUACGCAGCCUUUAUCUUUGGUGGCCGGCACCUGAUGAACAAACGGGCAAAGUUCGAGCUGAGGAAGCCACUAGUGCUCUGGUCUCUGACCCUCGCAGUCUUCAGUAUUUUCGGUGCUCUUCGAACUGGUGCUUACAUGGUGUACAUUCUGAUGACCAAAGGCCUGAAGCAGUCAGUGUGUGACCAGGGUUUCUACAACGGGCCCGUCAGCAAGUUCUGGGCGUACGCAUUUGUGCUAAGCAAAGCGCCAGAGCUAGGAGACACGAUCUUCAUCAUUCUGAGGAAGCAGAAGCUGAUCUUCCUACACUGGUACCACCACAUCACUGUGCUCCUGUACUCCUGGUACUCCUACAAGGACAUGGUGGCCGGAGGGGGUUGGUUUAUGACCAUGAACUACGGCGUGCACGCUGUCAUGUACUCCUACUACGCCCUGCGGGCCGCGGGCUUCCGGGUGUCCCGAAAGUUCGCCAUGUUCAUCACCCUGUCCCAGAUCACGCAGAUGUUGAUGGGCUGUGUCAUUAACUACCUGGUCUUCUACUGGAUGCAGCAGGACCAGUGUCACUCUCACUUCCAGAACAUCUUCUGGUCCUCACUCAUGUACCUCAGCUACCUUGUGCUCUUCUGCCAUUUCUUCUUCGAGGCCUACAUCGGCAAAAUGAGGAAGAGCACCAAGGCUGAGUAGUGUGGAACUGAGGAGCAAGCCAUAGCUCAGGGUCAUCAAGAAAACUAACAGACAAAAGAACAUGGCACAAGGAAUCACACAUGGUGCAGCUAAAACAAAACAAAACGGAACAUAAGAGCAGACACAAACCCCGAGGCAGCUUAGGGAUAAUUAGGCCGACCUGACCCAGUAAGUUUAUGAUCCUUUGUGGGUGAGGACUCACUGAGGCGCCCCCGUCUCCAAGCACCGCUCUGGAAGACCCCACUCCCACCCCUUACCUGUCCGCUCUCUAAGACGAGCCACAGCGCGGAGAGCCGAGGCAGGAGAUGCGGGAGGCAGGAACGGCUGUUAGCACUGCAGGACCACGUUUCUCUAAGGAUGGAAUUUCACUUUAAAGGCUGUGCGAACACAUGCGUGCACACACACACUCACACACGAUCCUUUCUAAUCCCUUUCAACGCAAAAUCAGAGCCAGUAGCAAAGACAGUGACGGAAGAGACACAGGGUCUGUAUCUAGAACAAUACUUCUGAAGAAUUUCACGCCUGUUAAAAGGUUAGCUAUUGGAGCUGUAUGAGAGGUGUCUUAAUCAUUUUUUAUUUCGUCUAGAAAAUGGAUUCAUAAGUCCCCCUUGCCUCACAGGCUGGUGAGUCUGCCAAAACCACAUGGGCUCCAGUACUUUUCCAGGGCAGUGGACACAGCCGGAGCAUUCCUGUAACCCGCCUCUGACGUAAGAUGGGAGGAGCAUUGGUGUAAUCACUCGUCCCAGACGUGCACAGAAGCGCACAUGGAAGUGAGCAGGUGGAGGCUGCCUGAGGACCUGGACGGGACCACGCUGUCCUGGCACGCUCGGCCGCCUGGGCUGGGGAAGGCAAGCAGUGGGAGGGCACGCAGCAGACAGUACGUGCGCCCUGUCCUGUGCAACUUCACAGGCUCGCCAUUCCUGAUGCAGCCCCGUGGGACGUCUGUGUUUUCUGUAUUUUUCUGAAUUUCAAAAAGAAGUGUUUGUGUGUGUGUGUGUGUGUGUGUGUGUGUGUGUGUGUGUGCCCGCGUGCCCGCAUGCAGCACCUGCCCCUCCCCAGCAGUGGAGAGACUGCAACCAACCCUCCCGGCCAGUCGGGCUGAAGACGGGGAAAGCCCGGUAGACCAGCCCUUCAAAUUUUAAACCAUAUCAGACACCCAUUCUUUGGCCAAAUAAGAAGAUUCCUUCCUGCUUCAAGUGAACUUCAAGAAAAAUUUUAAAAAGGGACUUUUGCUCUGGAACUCAAUCAAUCGAUUAAGAGCCAUAUUUUAAAAAAAACAAGCUAGAUUAUAUUAUCUAUAAUAUUUCAGUCCUCCACAAGCCAAAUAAAUGUGUCAAUGUUACUAGUAUUUCAAAGAAGCAAUUAUGUAAAGUGUUCAGUGUGAUACAUAGUAUUCUAAUUGGGUAAGUAGGUUAAUGAUUAGGCAAAUAGAUGAAAAGACUACGGGCUUCUACUCUGCGUAGAUCACACGUGCACACAGGUGGGGUUCAGUGAACCCCAGAGCCCAAAUGCAUAGGAACACAUUUUCUGGCUAGCAGAAACUGUUUAUCUUUAUUUUGAGAGUGUACAACAAAAGGGAUUUUUCAAAUUAUUUUUAUAUUUUAGCUUUCAUUGUGCUGUCCUUCACGAAACACAGCGGCUCUGCUUUUCUGUCCAAGACGGCAAGAGCUUCAUCAAUAUCUUGUUCAUGUGUGGAAUUUAAAAAAUAAAGUUCUGUUCUGUGUGAACGGCUUGAGCCGUAAAUAGUCCACGCAGACCGUGCAGUAACUCGAGAGGACAGGGACAGCUGUGGGAGGGCCGGUCACCUCCAGCCACACGGUCUGCAUCGCAGUGCCCCCAUGGGGUCCCACAGAUGUGCUGUUACAGCGGCAAAGGCUGGACCUGACCUGCGGGUGAGUCCUGCUGCCACCAUCAGAUUCUUGGGGUGCAGAGUUCCUUUGAGUUUUAUGGAUCUCUGUUAUUGCAAUAAGCUUUCCCCCCUUAUUUGUGGAAAAUGAACAGAAUAGUUAAAAUGAAGAGAGGGCCAUGUAUCAGUUGGCUUGAGUUAAUCGAGGGAUCAGUUCGAGGCUCACCUGGUUGAUUGAGUUUAAUUAUUCAAUGCAGUGAUUUCUCACAGUGUGCAGGUUAGAGCAGGGAGAUCAGCAUGAACCUGAAAAGACUCCAAAGUGAUACUUCCAGGGCCGGGAGUGUAGUCAGUGGCACAGUACCUGCCCGGUAAAAUGAUGCUUGCAAAAAGCACUUUCAUGCUUGUGUUCAUUUGUAAAAUGACUUAGAGUUGUGUUUACACAUUGGAUGUCUAAUAGUUUUUAAUUAGUUAACUAUAUCUGAAGGCAUUUCCAAUGUGUAUCAUGGGAGGAAGAAACAACAUUUUUUUAAAAAAGUCUCGCAUUGAAGGUUCUGUAACACAGUUUUUAACAUCUUGGCUUCGCUGCUGUAAUUAUAUGAAGAUCGAGGCUGGCCCAGAUCUGAGGCUGGCCCAUGACCAAUCUGAAACCUACCAGAAAGCUGACUGCCACACAGAUCCCUGCUGUCGGGUAACAUUCCAGAAAACCUUGGGCUGGCAGGUUUUUAUAGCUGCCCCACUAUGCCGCAAUAGGUUGUCUUUCUAUUAGAGAUUUUCCAUUGCAUUCCAAUCCCAGUAAGGUGAAAACAUCAUUCCUGGAUCAAGUAAAAUCCUUGAUUUCCUAUAUACAUAGAUAGAAAAUUUUGUGCACUGAGCUUAAACUGAAAUGCAUGAGUUUGCAAAGAAAUUCAGUGAGAAAUGCCCUCCUCACACUGCAGGGGGCUUUAUCUGGACCAUCCAGUGUUGCUUAGGAGAAAAGAACAACUGCUAUUAUUAUUUAUUUAUUGUAUUUAUAGCCAAUGCUGGGCCAAAGUACCAAAUUGAAAUCGUAGGUUAAGGUUACUAUGCCAGGUAAUUUAUUCCCAUUUUUUUCUAAUCAUACACACUACAGAAGUGAGGAAUGGGGAGAACACACGCAUAUGUGUUGUGAGAAGAAUGCUCUACCUGGAGAGGCCUGUUAGGGAAUCCUUGUGGAUUUCUGUUGAAGUGAAUAUAAGAACAUGCACCUAGGAGAACACUUCUUGGAAGGAGGCGUCAGAUUUGUUUUUUCGUCACAUGGUGUCAUAAAGCACCAAGCCGCGUACUGGGGUAGAAGGUUCCAAAAGUCUGGGCUCUUCCCAGACUGCAGAGUUCCUGGGAGAGGUGACAUGCUCAGGUUGGUGGCACCAUGUGUGUCCCAGUGAGUCAGCUGAACACACUCUGAGGGCUUUGUUUGCAGUUUGGACAAUGAUUCUUUAAUGGCCUUGCUGGGAUGGCCAAGCACAGAGUCCAGGGAGCUGCUAGGAGGGUGGAAAAAAACAAAUGGGCUCGGCCUCCUCCCAGAGUUCUGAGCAUUUGGGUCCCGUGAUCAUGGCCAUGCUCAUCGGCUUACACACUUACUUCCCUGGAAGAGUUUCCGUCCUGAAGAGUGACACUGAGUACACUGUGAGGCAGGCCUGGACUUUCCAGUAGGAAACGUACGUUUCUGCAGUCUUUCUGUCUUCGGUAAUAAAUAUUUUGCUAUUGACUUGGGAUGACGGUAGAGCUCAUUCCCACAGCUCCUCAGACGUCCUCUGUCCCCUUUAUGUUUACAAACAUCACCUGGUUCUUUGUGCCUCAGACUCAUUGCCAGCAGGGAGGAACUUUGCUAAGAAUGCCCCGGGGCAUUUGACCUGUCCUGUGUGUGUGAAGGGACAGCUGAGGGUGCAAGGGUGGACAGCGAGUACGAUGUGCUCAGUCUCAGCUGUGUAGUCCCAUGGUGACAGCUGUGGCCACAGAUACCUAGCUGAAGAGCCCAGAUCCAUGCACCGGAGGUGGUUCUUAAGAUCACUGUCCUCCCCUCAUUCUCUGGAAAUCAGGGCUCCUGGAAGAGAGGGAAGCCCCUGGUCUCCUUGUGUUUGUUACCGACUGACAGCUGUUCUGGCAGUGUGGGGGACAGGGACAGCACACUCGGGUGUGGGAGGGCACAGAGCUGCACCUUGAUUU